AUAAUAUUAUUGUAAAUGAUUAACUUACAUGCUUGAUAUGAUACCAUAUUGUUGCAGGCAUGUAGUAAUCAAUGUAUCCAAUACAACCUUAACAAUGUUGACUGAAUUAGUGGAGAAUAGUAGUGUUUUACUGGUGAUUGGUAGGCUGACAAUCAUUUGGUUGUUACUAGAAUUUUUGUUUAACUUGUACAUGUACUACAAUGUCUAUUUUACCAAUUCCUCCAUUGACCAUAGAAGCCUUGGAAAAUGGGCUGUUAUAACAGGAGCAACAGACGGUAUCGGAAAAGGCAUUGCCCAGGAAUUAGCGAUCAGGGGACAUGACAUUGUACUCGUGAGCAGGAAUCCGAAGAAGCUAGAAACUGUUGCGAAUGAAUUUCAUUCAAAAUAUGGAGUAGAAACAAAAUGCAUCGCACUAGAUUUCACGAAAUGUGAUAUAAAGUCUGACGGGGAUUGUGUGUCCGUUUACGAUGUUUUAGAAAAGGAACUUCAAGGACUUGAAAUUGGUGUACUGGUGAAUAAUGUUGGAAUGGCCGCCAAGAUUCCCGAACCAUUUCUAAAUAACUUAUGGCGUUAUGGAGAAACUUUCAGCGAUAAUAUUGUUAACUGCAAUGUCACAUCAAUGUCAAAAGUAACCGAAGUCGUUUUACCAGGCAUGGUUUCCCGAAACAAGGGUGUAGUGAUUAAUAUUUCGUCUGGUUUGUCGUCUGUUAUUUUUCCGGGAAUGACACUUUACUCUUCGUCUAAACGUUUCAACGAUACUCUUCCAAUAGCAUUAAGCCAUGAAUACGAAAAUAAAGGGAUUAUUGUACAGAGUAUACAGCCAGGAAUGGUUAGUACUAACAUGACAAGAGUGGUGACACAAAAUAAAAGCUCUUUGACGGUUCCAUCACCUGCCAAAUUUGCUUCCAAUUUAAUGAGUUCCAUUGGAAAAGCAAGAAUGACUCGUGGAUACUGGAUUCACGCAAUACAGAUGUCUGCACUUUCUUCCAUACCCUCAGCAAUUUUUUCAAGGGCUGUAAAAUUGAUAGGGCACAAAAUGACGAAUACCGCUUUAAGAAGAAGUAUAGGCCUACAUCCCAAAAACAGUCAUUAAGGGGACGUUAAAUUGUGCCCUUUCCAUGCCUGUAGAAUAUCACAAAACUGUAUCCACGACACUCUGAUUCGUAUUCCCAUAGCAAUAUUUGU